UGAGGAAAUGCAAAAACUGCUCAGUCUGAACACACAGAGAAAGGAUUAAUCCUUCAAUGUCAACGUGCUGUAAAUCCAUGGAUUGUUGCAGACCAGUGAAAAGCAAUGGAUGGCUAUAUCCCACACUACUUCUGUGUGCCUAUGGAUUUUUUACAACAAUGAGACCAUCGGAGCCUUUUCUUACACCCUAUCUUCUUGGACCCGAUAAAAAUUUAACCAUUGAGCAGAUGCUGGAAUUCCAAGCGACGCAGACAAAAUGCUGGAGGAACUCAGCAGGCCAGGCAGCAUCAAUGGAAAAAAGUACAGUCGAUGUUUUGGGCCGAGACCCUUCAGCAGGACUGGUUACGAAUGAAAUAUUCCCAGUAUGGACCUACUCCUACUUGGUAAUUUUGAUUCCCGUUUUCUUGGUCACCGACUACCUCAGAUACAAACCUGUCCUAAUCCUACAAGGAAUCAGCUUCAUCAUUACGUGGCUGAUGCUCCUGUAUGCGCAAGGGGUCCUGGCCAUGCAAUUCUUAGAGUUCACCUACGGCAUUGUGUCUGCCACUGAAAUUGCUUAUUACUCUUAUAUUUACAGUAUUGUUGACUUAAAGCACUACCAAAAGGUGACCAGUUACUGCCGGAGUAUCACACUGGUCGCCUACACCUUUGGCUCCAUCCUGGGACAAGUCUUAGUCUCUGUAGGGGAUGUAUCUUACUUCACUCUGAAUGUGAUUUCACUGGUGUCAGUGUCACUGGGCUUCCUAUCGUCCAUCCCCCUGCCGAUGCCCAAGAGAAGUAUGUUCUUUCACAGGAAAGAAACAGCAGACAUUCGGGUCAUGCCAUCCACUGAAAAUGUCAAGCCAGCCCCCGGAAAUGCUUUUCCACAAGGCAGUCUGGAUACAGUGAUCACCUCACAAGGUCUGGCUGACUUGCACAAAGAUGUGUCCAGUCCGGUGAGAGCAGCUGAGCACAAGGGAAUCUUCCAGAACCUCUUCGAGUUGUAUUCGGAUUUCAAGGAAAGCUAUUCCUCUCCAAGAAUCAUCUGCUGGUCAGCCUGGUGGGCACUGGCUACUUGUGGGUUUCUCCAAGUGACCAAUUAUGUCCAGGUGCUGUGGGAUCACGUCGAACCAUCCCGAAACAACUCAGCCUAUAAUGGUGGAGUGGAAGCAGUAUCAACUUUUAUGAGUGCUGUCACGUCCUUCGCCGUGGGCUUUGUGAAGGUGGAUUGGGCAGUCUGGGGAGAAUUGGCACUCGGCAUCUUUUCAGUGAUAGAUGCCAGUGCUCUAUAUGUCAUGGAUCGUGCAGACAACAUCUGGGUUUGUUAUGCCGGUUAUGUCGCAUUCAAAGCUUCCUACUUCUUGUUAAUUACCAUAGCUACAUACCAGAUUGCUGCUAACCUGAGCGUGGAGCGCUAUGCACUGUUGUUUGGAGUAAAUACCUUCACAGCCCUAGUUCUUCAGACCAUCCUGACAAUCAUUGUCGUUGAUGCAAGAGGCCUUAGUUUGGAUAUUAUCACUCAGUUCCUGGUUUAUGGGAGUUACUUUGCAGCGAUAGCAGGACUUUUCCUCAUCAGAGGCAUUUACACCUUAAUUCAAAGUCGGCGGAAAAGAAAGAGACAAGAUGGGUCAGAGGUCACCGAUGGAAAUAAUUUACCAUCUGAAAACCAGAUACACCUUUCAGAAAAAUUUUGAGAAUUCGUAAA